AUGUCAAUUCCCAUAGUUUUAUGCUUCUACAGUGCAAAAGUUACUCAGUUAAAUAUUGCUACUGGAGAAACAAAAAGAAUUGGCGUUUAUGCACAAAAUAUUUCUAAAAGAUAUGCAGAGAAUAAACAUCUGAAAUUAGUUCUUGUAUAUGAAAAAAAACUUGAAGAAAGUAAGGUAUACACAAAAAUAAAGACUGCACUUGAAGCCGCUAUUAAACACUGGGAGAAGGCGUUAAUUGUUGUGUCAAAUACAACAGAAAAUAUAUUAGUACAAAGGGAAUGUUUUUCUGGACCAAUGAUGCUUUCUGUACGUGAAAAUAUUGAGUACUGUAAAAGAGUGUGUAAAAGCGAGAUUAUGUGCAAACAUAUGAGAAUUCCAGAUGAAUACUUAAACUCAUGCUAUGAACAAUUUCUCGAUAAAAAAGUCAUGAAAUAUAGCGCAGGAAAAGGUUUACAGUAUAACGAAAUGCUGUUAUUAGUCAGUAUGAGAAACCGUGAAGCAUGCGGUAAAGAUGUACUUGCUUGGGCAACAUACUGUCAUAGAGAACCAUUGAGUGGAAGGCCUUUUAUUGCUGUGGUGAACUAUUGCUAUGACGAAGAGGGAAUUAAAAAUGAAGAUAUCGAAAACAUAAUUGCCACGUCUAAACAUGAAAUAGGACAUGCCCUUAAUGAAGCUAAGAAACAUUUUGGCUGCAAUGAAUUAGAUGGAGUCGAAGUAGAAAACGGUCAUUUUGGUCAGAGAGUAUUUGGGAAUGAAAUGAUGACACCAGUUAGAUUAGACGACAGUUUACUCUCAAGAAUGACCCUAGCUUACUUCAAGGAUACACAAAUGUAUGAUGUGGAUUACUCUGCGGCUGAUGACUUCACCUGGGGGAAGAAUUUAGGAUGUGAAAUUCCAAUGAAAAGCUGCUACGAAUAUAUAAAGACAAGAAAAGCCAAGAAGGAAAGUAUUGAACCAUUCUGUGACGUUCCACAGAAAACAAAAUGCGUGGAUUUUUCAAAUGCAUAUGGACACUGUUUACUAAACAAGGGGUAUAAACAGCCACCCUCAGAGUUUCAGUAUGCUGAUGAAACAUUUAAUGUUGAUCAGGAAUCUUUAAGGUAUUACGCGGGUGCAGAUUACAUGGAUUACUGUCCAUACUACUCAAUUCAGGCCUCGUCAGCUGGACUGUCAACUGUAUGUGGACGCAAGGCCAAUAUAACUUCGCUAGAUCCAUUAGAUAACGCAUAUCUUGAAGAACGAGGUCCUGAUACAGCUUGUUUCAACCAAGCGAAAUGGAAGCUCAGCAAUUCGAAGGAUGUAUUUUCAAGAAAUGCAGCUUGUCAUAAAUUCCGGUGUUCAAAGCAGUAUGGCCUUCAAGUAAUCAUCAACAAUAAUGGUUUUACAUGUCCUGUAAAAGGUGGAAUUAUUCCUGUGAAUGUGGCGACAAAAGGUGCAAAUGUUCAAGGUGAAAUAUACUGUCCAGAAUGCAAAGCAUUGUGUAAGAAUGAAUGUCCAUAAUGAAUCAAAGCUGAUAUAUGAAAUUUCGUUACAUUAUUUGUUGUGAACUUAGGCAUCAUUUGGAUAAAAAUUACUCAGACUUUGAUUUUUUUUAAAAACUUUUACAAAAC